GACGUCUGUCGACUAAGGGCCCAUCUGGAGCACAUGUAUGGGCAUUUAAGGCCUAAUAAAAUCAACUUUAACACCACAGCCACAUCUUUGAAGCCCAGGUAUUUCCGUUCAGAUGAGGAGGAGCGAGAGAGAAAAAGAGGAAGUGACAGAAGAAAAAAACCGCUGAGACGAAAGGAUCCUGAAACCGGCACGAGAAGAGCAGAUACUACUCCUAAACUUUAUGCGGCGUCCCGUAGUAGUGGUCUGCAACAGGGGGCUUGGAUUUGCGGUCUGUGGCCAGACCCUUCUAAAAAAAUUGCCCUUGGGCCUCGAUUUGCCCUCUGUAAGGGAGACUCUGAUGCAAAGAAAUAAUGGAGCCCUGCUUGGAAACACAUCCUAUAAUACAGUGUAUAAUUGACAACAACCUUGAGGAGCUAACGGCCUUACUAAAAGACAAUGGCAUUAACCAAACAUACCCAUGCAUUGAGUACAGAGAUGAUAUAACUCCACUGAUUGCUUCUGUCGUGUACCAAAAGAGCGACAUUUGUACUUUUCUUUUGCAGAAUGGUGCAAACCCAGAUACUGCCUCCAAAAAAGACUUCACGCCAUUGCAUUAUGUUUCACUAUCCGAGGCAUCUUUGUUUUUUGUGGAGAAACUACUUGAAGCAAAAGCCAAUCCAGAUGGAUCAGGUCUAAAGCCAGUCACACCACUACAUACUGCUAUCAUGAAAGAUAGGAAAGAUGUCUUGAAGGCACUCAUCUCUGCUGGGACAGUGGUAACAUGGCCACCUUACACUGAGCCUGAAGAUACCCCUGAUUUUGAUUUCAUACAAAUAUUGAGGGAAAUCGGGGAUAGUUUAGACUCCUUUUUAGGAAUGUCUACACUAUCCCAGUGCAGUGUAGUGUCUACACUGCUAUGCAGUGAUAUGCAUUGGAAAAGCCCUGAUGAGGUGUUCAACACAGUGGACGAUAUCAUGCUGCAGGAGCAUCCUAAGACUCAUCUGACCAUGAUUGAGACACUUUUCAAUGUAACUGGGCCUGAAAAAGAAAAGUACCGUCAGAGAAGUAUUCAAUGGCUGGAGAACACUGACAAUGUGGAGACUUACAUUAAAAGUGUGGUCAGACGCUUUCCAAACAUUGCGCAGAGAUUAAUACCUCAGGUGACUCAUACUUUGUAUAAAGUGUUGUGUACCAUUGAAGAAAUAGAAGAUGAACAAGCACGUGCUAUGAUCCUACUACUGCUGGAACAGCUUGACUCAAAAAUCCAACUUUCUAAGUGUGAUGUUAUUCUGAAAACACUUUAUGUGAUAACACAGAAAACACAAGGCAAACACAGUUGGGAAGCAGUCUUUAUUGAGAAGAUAUGCAGAUCAAUUGUUCCUUUUGUGAAUGAGAGACACUCUGCAAAGAUAAAACUCUUCACAUACGGCAUAUUUGGAAACUUGCUCUCUGUGGAAAAUGCUGUGAUCUUCAUAACGUCAGCAGGGAUAACUUCAGUGCCUGACGAAAUCCUGACAUCUGCAGACAUGAAAAUGCUCAGAGAUCUUAAAAACGUGAUCCGACGACUGAAAAACCAACUGAGUGAGUCAAACUUAGAAGUUGAAGACUCACCUGGAUCCAAGAAACAGUCAGACAAGCAAGGAGACCCGAAUGAAGACAAAGGUUGCCCUGCAGAAGCUGUCAACACCAGUGUAGUGUCAGUGAAACCUAGCUGGCUUUCAGUCAGCAAGAGAUGGCAGAAAAAGCUAAGUCAGCUCUUGAGCACUGAUGAAAGUAAAGUAACCAGAAUAGGGAGCAUGAUUUAUGUGAAUGAAGAGGAAUUCAGCAUAGCCGAGGGAAGCAAUGGCACCGAAGUCUUCUUGGGGCUGAGAUAUGACGGCACUGAAGUUGCCAUAAAGAGAAUGUCGAAGCGCAGCUAUAAGGAGCUGAAGAAUGAGGAAGGAUAUCUACGACUCCCAGAGCUUGACCAUCCAUUUAUAGUACGAUAUAUUGACUUUUCAGAGGAUGGGACCUUUGGAUAUCUCGGUGUUCAACUUUGUGAAUACACCCUGGAAGAAUACAUCAGCUCCAGUAACAAUGGUGAUCUGCAGAUGGAGAAGCUUGUAAAACAGGUCCUUAAGAGUUUAAGGGUGCUUCAUUGUCAAGAUCCUCCAAUUCUCCACCGGGAUUUGAAACCACAAAAUAUUCUGAUUGAUGUUACGGGGAGGGCAAAAUUAGCUGAUUUUGGCAUCAGCAGACGGUUGCCAAAAGACCAAACGACUUACCGCACAGGGGCUGCUGGAACAAAGUGCUGGAUGGCCAAGGAGGCCUUAGUGGAAGAUGGUGACAUACCGUACAAGUCCAGCACUGACAUACAGGUAGCAGGGAUGCUGAUUUAUUACAUCCUCUCCCGGGGUCAUCAUCCUUUUGGAGACAGAAUCAGACAAUGUGAGAACAACAUUGAAGCUGGGAGGUACACACUGAGCCAUGUUGAAGAUGUGGUGGCUAAAGAUCUCAUUGAGAGGAUGAUCAACGAAGAGCCCGGAGCGAGACCAACAGUUGAGGAAUGCCUGAGUCAUCCUUUCUUCUGGAAGCCACGGACGAGAGAAAACUAUUUGAUUGAGAUUGGAGACCAGGAUGAAGUGAAACAGUACGACAGUGCUGAUCCAGCGCUAAUCUCUUCAAUGGAAGAAAAUACAAGAAAUGGAUCCUUCAGAGAGUGGAGAACUCAGUUUUCACCAGAGCUGCUCAAGAAAGUGGAAGGCAAGAAGAGACACUAUGCUGAAAACAUCCUGGGGCUGCUGCGCUUCAGUCGAAACCUCUUUGUGCACUACAAAGACGAUGCUGCCAAUGUUGAUCUGAUGGCACUGUUUCCUGAUCUGUUUGGAUGCAUCUUUAUAUUUGCAAAAACACAUGAAUGGAAUACGAGGCCGUCUCUGAAGAGGAUGUUUGAAACAAAAGUUUCCAAGAGUCAACAUUACCAAUAGUGGCGCUACGCCACCCACAGUCUCUGAUGAUCAACUCCAUCACCCGAUUCAAGAAUCUCAACAAACGUCCACCCAGCAGACUGAGAAGUGACUCCAGGCUCACAUCACUGGUGGAUCGAUUCAGAGGGCUCUUGACUCAGGUCAAAUGUCACUGAGUAGAUUUGAAUGAGCUGCUGCUAUUAGCAAUCAAACCUGCUACUGGAUGGUUUAAAAGCAGGACAGCCUAUUUCUCACUGUUUGAUUGCUUUUUUAAGUGAACCUUUAUAAAGUGCCUUAUUUUUGGUGAAUCUAGCUGACUUGAAGUCAGCUGAGUUAUAUUUAUCAGGAGUGUUUCUGCAGAUAGAGCGGAGAUUUUAAUCUGUAAAGGAAAUUCAAAGGUAUUUUCUGAGCUUCACUACAUCUUAUUUAAGACUCAAAGCAUUUGAGUCCAGCCAAAGAGGUACAGCUGAAAUGGGUGAGAAACCCAUGAAAUGUACUGUAUGUUUAAAAAAACAUUUUUGUGCUUCAGAUUGUUUGUAUUUUUUUACAUGUACACUGGAGAUCAAAAUUAGAGAACAAUCCACAAUUUCCUACAUUUCAAGUUCUCUGAAUUUCCCUGUUUUAAAAUGAUCCAGAUACGAGUAAAAGAGCAGAAUUUUAAGCAUAUUGCAUGUGUUACAUAUAAUGUGAAGCACAGUAUAAAAAACUUAAAUGAAAUAUUUAAAAAGAACACUGAUCAAAAUUAGAGAACACUUUCAGAUACCUCCCAGUAAUCGGUGAUAGCCUGGCACCUGGGGCUAAUUUCCUUACCUAUCUGACAAACCCUAUUUAACUUGGAGUCUAACUUCCAGUUUUCACUGACUUCACAAGAUAGUGAGCCAUUCUAAAGUGACCAGAACCCCCCAACAGCAGGUUGUCCAGAUGAAGGCCAAAAGGAUGACCCUGUCAACCAUAGCAAGAGAAGUUGGCUGUUCUAAAUCUGUGAUUUCAAGAAUAUUACAUCUUUAGAAAGUCACAAACUCAUUCAAAUCCACCAAGAAGGCCGGUCGUCCACAAAAGACAACUAAAAGAGAGGACAGAAUAAUAUGGAGAACUUCAAUGGACAAUUGGUUUAACACUGCAGUUGGAAUUGCUCGCCAGUUCAUGACUGAACAGGGACUCUGCCUCAUCAUACAGUGUCUUGACGUUUGAGAACAUUUGGACUGAAAGUCCACUCAGCAGUGACCAAACCUCUCAUUAGCAGAAAGAAUCAAACAGCUAGACUAACCUUUGCUGAGGGACAUGUUGUGUGGACAGAAGAAAACUGGUCCAAAGUUUACUUCAGUGAUGAAAGCAUGUUUAAUUUAUUUGGAUCCAAUGGAAAACAUUCUGUAAAUCGUCAAACUGGGGAAAGACUGAACCCAAAGUGAAUAAAGAAGUCAGUGAAAAGUUUAGGAGGAAGUGUCAUGGUUUGGGGAAUGUUUUCUGCAGCAGGAGUUGGGCCUCUUGUACAGCUACAUGGCUGAGUGAAUGCAAAUGUUUAUCAGAACCUUCUUUGACAACAUAUGAUUCCUUCCCUGCGUUCAUAACCUAAUCAGUAAUUUUCAUGCAGGACAAUGCCCAAUGUCAACCAGCGAACUGUGUAAAACAGUUCUUUGAAACUGAAAACAUUGAAAUAUUGAAAUGGCCAGCCCAGAGUCCUAAUCUAAACGCAAGAGAAAACCUCUGGAAAAUCCUUGGCGACAAAGUUAUGGCCAAUAAACCAAUAAAGAACUUUUUUGUUUUCAGAUGAAUUAUAAAAAUUGCCCCAUGUAGGGUUCAGACUUUUCUAUACAAGCUUGGACACAUCUCUUCCUUUACUGACAGUUAAUUGUGAUAGGCUUGAAGCCACGAGAUGAAUCAUCCAGCUCAAAUAUGUGAGGACACUCUUUUGGCUGAUACAUGACUCUUUUAUAUUUACAGUAUUUUACUUUUAUACUCUCUUUUUGCUUUUACACAUCUUUUGUAAUUUUAACAUGUUCCCAAUGACACUAUGGAGGAUAAAUUGUCCACCAAUAAAUUUGUCCUUUUACUACAAGGGCUGCUUGAGUUUUGGAUUACUCUGUUCAUUGAUCUCAAUAUUAAUCCUUGGCUCACUCUCAUACAGAAGAGAGAAAGAGAAGCCUUUAAAAAAUGGGCUCCACUAUGUCACGUGUUUAAUGACUCACCAGUAAAUUGUA